GUCCCCCGGCAGGCUGUCCCUGGCUCUGUGCCCCAUGGAUGGCGUUUUCCUGUCGCCCAGCGAGGAUGAGUUCGUGGGCAGGAUCGUGGAGGAGCUGGAGCACUUCAUGGAGCAGGACCAGCACCACCGGGUGCUGCUGUUCCCACCCCUGUCCAGCCGCCUCAGGUACCUGAUCCACAGGACCGUGGAGAACAUGGAGUUGCUGAGCAGCUUCUCGGUGGGAGAGGGCUGGAGGAGGAGGACAGUCAUUUGUCACUCUGCUGUCAGGCUUCCCAGCGAGCCCUCCGUUGACCACAAGCCGGGUCCCCCCGCUGGCCGAGCGCAGCGCCCGGCGCAGCCCUGGGGCCGGGGGGCGCGGGGGCUGCGCCACGCCGGGGACACGCACGGGGACGGCGCCCGCGCCACCGUGGGCUCGGGCAGGAUCUCCAGACCGCCCCGGAGGAAACCAGAGCGAGCCCCGUUCGUGCCCCGAGGGGGCCGGAGAAAGGCGAAUUGGAGGGAGCGGGAGAGCCCCGGGGACGAGGCGGCUGCAGGAGGGGAGAACGACGGCGCCGGGAAUCCCAGCCGGGAGCAGCAGGAGCUGGGCAGGGCUGGGGGCGGCCCUGGGAAGGAAGAGAGUGUCCCUGGAAGAGGCCGCGCUGAGCAUCCCCUGCGUGGUGGGAAGGUGCCGUCCUUGGGGAAUGGUGGCGAUUCCUGCGAGCGGGAAGGUCGGGGUGAGGACUGUUCCCAUGCCCCAAAUUCUGCACACCACAAACACCCUCCUGAGGCGGGGGAGGAGGAACCAAGCCAUGGCAGCACCAUCACUGCAGAACUCAACCAACACCCACCUGAGGCAGGAGAGGAAGAACCAAGCCAUGGCAGCAGCAUCAUUCGAGAACACAACCAACACCAACCUGAGGCAGAGGAAGAACCAAGCCAUGGCAGCAGCAUCAUUCGAGAACACAACCAGCACCAACCUGAGGCAGAGGAAGAACCAAGCCAUGGCAGCACCACCAUUGCAGAACACAACAAACACCCACCUGAGGCAGGAGAGGAGGAACCAAGCCAUGGCAGCACCACCAUUGCAGAAGGCAGAGAAUUCCAGGCCCAGCUGGAGGAGGAGAAGCAAUCCAGCCGGGAUUCCAGAGGGUCGGAGUGUGGGAGGAGCUGUGUCUCUUUGGAGAACCACGGUGGCAGCAGGACAGCCCCAGGUGUGACAGACACGGUGGCAGAUCAGCAUUCCCGGAAUUCCCAGGGAAUUCCCAGCCCCAGCGCUGGGCAGGUGGAGCAGGAGCCCCUGCAGAAGGUUCUGGAAGGCCCAGCCGAGGCUGCGGCUGCCCCUGAGCCGCUCCAUGAGGGAGAUCCGGGGCGGAUCCAGGGGAAGGAGGAAGAGGAGGACAAGGAAGGCUCCGGUGUGGCCGAGGCAAUGAGGAGGGGCCUGGAUUUGGCUGCAGGGGACAGAGAGGGGACGAGGCAGAGCAGCCUCGAGGACGACUGCACGGCAGAGCUCCUGGCUGAGAUCGUUGGGAACCUGUCAGUGAAGGACAUCAGCAUCGAGAGGAUCUCUGUGGAUUACUCUGGCUAUGGGGAGGCGCAGGUCAGCGAGGGGGACCUGGCCCACGUCACCGAGAUCUACGACUUCCCCUCGUCCCUGAAAACCGAGGAUCUGCUGGGAAUGUUCUCGGAUUUCCAUGAGAGUGGCUUCAAAAUCCAGUGGGUGGAUGACACCCACGCCCUGGGGAUCUUCUCCAGCCCCUCCACAGCCUCGCAGGCCCUGGGCCGCCGCUACCCCUGCCUGAAGAUCCGGCCCCUGCUCCACGCCAGCAAACAGGCCAAGGUCAAGGCCCUGCAGAGACCGAGUGAGGCACAGCUCCCUGAGCCCCCCUGGAAUUCCCUGAGCCCCCCCCA